CCUCGGCCGGAGACCAUUCCGCCUUACAUGAUUCUCUAUAAGCUUUAAUAAACUCCCCUUGCUCAUUUCUUGGAAUCCAACCCCAAGCUCUAAUUCCUCCCGCUUUUGAACGUUGCCACCUUGGAUUCCCAUAUCCCAUUCCUCCCUGAGCCUCUCGGUUUCGAAUUGGUGAGUUGCGCCUCCUUCCAAGCCAACAACAUGUUGGAGCAGCAAUUAAUUACUCCCGUCGAACUAUCCCCCCCCCCCCCCGCCCGCCUUCCCAUAUUACAAAACCCCACCUUUUCCAAAUUAAGUCCCCACACGAGCAUUGUCACUCUGCACCAUGCCUUCUCAUCGGGUGCUGAAAGAUGCUUUUGGAGCCUAUCAACCAGGGGCUCCUCCAAACUGCCUAUCCCCACGCCGGCCUCCGCCCAAACCUCUGCAACUCUCGAACAGGUCCUCAGCGCAUGCUCUGUGGUCUCAACCUCUUGCUCACACACUUUGCACAAGUUAUGCACCGCCACUCCACUGCGCUCCAGAUUCGCCAAUGAUGGUAGUGAACCAUCUAAGACCUGCCAAAGAAAAUUUUAAAUCUUUGGUGGAAUUUUUAAAUCCUAAAAAUCUUUCCAGCCGCUCCAACGGCUAGUUACUGUCCCUUGCAUUAAGGUCCGAUAGCAACUUUUGACGGUUCUUGAAUGCUGGGAUAUUCGGGUUUGGGACGGAAUCGUCCCACACGCUGCCCGACUCCGCCACCCCGGGCCGCCAUGUUAGUCAGGGUCAACACCUUGCUCCAGGGUUACUCCGGCAUCAGGUUCGAGAUCUUGGAAGCUAUGACCAAGCUGCUCAACCAUGACAUCACCCCCUGCCUCCCUCUCCGUGGGACCAUCACAGCAUCUGGCGACUUGGUCCCGCUCUCAUACAUUGCUGGGAUCUUAACUGGCCGGGCCAACUCCAAAGCUGUCGGCCCGAACGGGGACUCUCUAAAUGCACAACAGGCGUUCAGAGAGGCCCAGAUCGGUUCCGGGUUUUUCGAGCUGCAGCCCAAAGAAGGCCUGGCGUUGGUGAAUGGAACUGCCGUCGGGUCCGGCCUGGCAUCGAUUGUGUUAUUUGACGCUAAUGUUUUGGUGCUCUUGGCGGAGGUUUUGUCGGCAUUUUUUGCUGAGGUCAUGCACGGAAAGCCCGAAUUCACCGACCAUUUGACCCAUACAUUGAAACACCACCCGGGACAAAUCGAGGCCGCCGCAAUAAUGGAACACAUUCUAGAAGGUAGCUCGUAUGUAAAAGAGGCCCAAAAGGCCCACGAAUUCGACCCGUUAUUAAAGCCCAAGCAGGACCGUUACGCCCUUCGGACGUCGCCGCAAUGGCUGGGCCCACAGAUUGAGGUAAUCCGAGCGUCGACGAAGAUGAUAGAGAGAGAAAUCAAUUCGGUCAAUGACAACCCAUUGAUAGAUGUCUCAAGAGAUAAGGCCUUACAUGGAGGGAACUUCCAAGGCACGCCGAUCGGCGUCUCUAUGGAUAAUGUCCGAUUAGCUAUCGCCUCCAUCGGAAAACUGGUUUUUGCCCAGUUCUCCGAGCUGGUCAACGAUUUAUACAACAACGGGUUGCCAUCAAAUCUCUCCGGUGGCCGGGACCCGAGCUUGGAUUACGGGUUCAAAGGGGCAGAGAUCGCAAUGGCGGCGUACUGCUCGGAGCUCCAGUUUCUCGGCAACCCGGUGACGAAUCACGUCCAGAGCGCCGAGCAACACAACCAAGACGUGAACUCUCUGGGUUUGAUCUCGUCGAGGAAGACCGCUGAGGCGGUUGACAUUCUUAAGCUUAUGUCUGCCACAUACAUGGUUGCGCUUUGCCAAGCCGUUGACCUUAGGAACUUAGAGGAGAACCUGAAGGCCUCUGCAAAAAAUGCUGUCAGUAUUGCUACGGAGAUAACGUUGACCGUUGACUGUAAAGGGGAACUACUCAAAGUGGUCGACCGAGAAUACGUCUUCGCCUACGCCGACGACCCAUGCAGCAGAAACUACCCUUUGAUGCCAAAAUUGCGGGAAGUCCUGGUGGGCCACGCCAUGUCCGGCGGAAAGUCGGAGAGGAACUCCAGCAGCUCUGUUUUCCUGAAGAUCGGCGCCUUCGAGGAGGAACUCAGGUGGGUUUUGCCGAGGGCGAUGGCGAGCGCGAGGGGUGAUGUGGAGAGUGGCACGCCCGCAAUUCCUAAUCGCAUUCGGGAUUGCCGGUCCUACCCGUUGUACAAGUUUGUGAGGGAAGAUUUGGGUACGGUAUUGUUGACCGGCGAGUUGACGAGGUCACCGGGGGAGGAAUGUGACAAGGUGUUCACGGCCAUUUGUGAAGGAAAAUUGAUAGAUCCAUUGCUGGAUUGUUUGAAAAGAUGGAAUGGUUCUCCUGUGCCUAUUCUUAAUUUGAAACACUUUGGGGUAUAUUCAAAUUAAUCUGUAUUAAUUUACAAAUUAGGGUUACAAUUUGCACUGUUUGUAAACUUAUUACCUAAAUAAGAUGUCUUAUAUAUAUUCACGUUGUUGUUGUUAUUGUUGUUACUCUCUCCGUCCCUAAUAACUUUGCCAACUUUCCUUUUUUGGAUGUCCCAUUAACUUUGCCACUUUCCCAUUUAAGUAAAGAAUUUGUGGUUCCAA